AGAGAAAGGGGAAGAGAGAGAGAGUCGGAGUCUUGGCGUUGUAACUUGGCUCGUCUUGUGGGAAGGAUUAAUUGUGUGAAAAGAACAGUUUCAUGUAUAUAUCUACUUUUCGUGAUUGAAAAUGUAGAUGUAGUUGGUUUCUUAUGAAAUGGAAUUCAUGGGCCUAUAAUUAAAAAAAGACGACACUGCCAGUAAUGUCACGUUGGGGAAAAAAGAAAUCCUAUGAUAAUAUCCACAAUUAUGUUGAACGCGUUGAGGACGUGUUGUUGAGUGAGAGCUCUUGGUCGACCUCAGACUCGGACUGUUCAGGAUGUCUCCACUUGAGUCAGGCUGAUAGUUUACAGACAGAUCCCAAUUAUGCCGUUGGGCUUGAACUGGCUACUCUGUCUCCUACUCAGACGCUGGAUAACAGUGAUGCUUGGAACAUCCAUGGCAAUGCAAACUACCUGCGAAGUGCCGGCAGCCACUGCUUGUUGGCAGGAGGGCUAAAGACCUCGGCAGACCCCACUGGUGGUCUUUCAUCCCGAGGGUUAAGAUGCUCACCUUCUCUCGGAGGGACUGACACUGUGACCGGGGGCGGGAUGUUGCAACAGUUGGCACUCCUGGCAGCAGGUGCCCAGCCAUGGCACCACAAUAUUUGCACUGCACAUGGGAGGCGCUUUGCUUAUGCUGCAACACUUGCUAUAUAUGUGUAUGAGGUGGAAGAGGGUAGCAGUGACUGGCAGCUGUUUAGCAUCUUGGCAAAUCACCGCAAGACAAUCACGUGCCUUGACUGGCACCCCACAAAUGAAGACCUACUUGCCAGUGCUUCAUUAGACCAGCGUGUGUGUGUAUGGAGCGUCAGCAGUCAGAGUGUCCUUUGCACCAUAAGCAUCUGCAGAGUACCAACUGUGGUAGCAUGGUGUGUUGGCCACAGAAUUUCCUACAAGUUGAACAAGAAUCUCAAAAUUUCUGCUGCAGAUGCUACUCUUAAGAUUAAGGUGAUGGCAGAAUUUGUGUUGCUUCAGAGCUUCAUGAUUGCAUUGAGUACCAUUAAGAAUUACAGUGGAAAGUCGAGAUACUCAGCUUUUCCUGAAGGAGCAGAGGACAAUGAAGAUCACAGCCUUGUCACUCUUGAAUGGGACACUUGUUCUCCUGACUACAUAUUGAUUGCGUAUAGAGGUGGCUCUUUGUGGCUUGUGGAUAUCAAUACAAUGAUGAUCAUCACGAAGUAUGUGAUGCCCAUUUCGGCCAGUGUCAACACCCUUGCCUGGCUGCCUGAUGCGCCUGGGAUGUUUGUGACAGGAGAUUCAGAGAAAGGUAUACUCAGAGUCUGGACUGUAUCCAAACCAACCCCUAUUGAGAAUAUUGUCCUGAAAGACACCGGUUUCCACGUCCUUUGUACGACCAGAGCUCUUACUGCUGCAUGUCCAAGCAAUGACCUGCAGAACCAGAUGAUUGAACGUUCAAGUGAGAGGAAGGGCAUCAUGAUCCCCAAUGUCUGUGUUCUGACUCUGUUCAAAGAUGGGGGAGUUGGUCUAUACCACCUGAGGAGAAAGCAGUGGAUCUUUAACAGGGAACAUGGCCACACUGAAACGAUAUUUGACUGUAGCUUCAAGCCCGAGGACAGUGAUCUUUUAGCAACAGGAUCCUUUGAUGGGUCAAUAAAGAUAUGGAAAAUUGACACCAUGGAAGCAGUUGAUACAUUGCCCAAUAGGGACACCAUCAUCUACAGCUUAUCAUGGGCACCUGCAGACCUUAAUUGUAUUGUAGCAGGAACUUCUGGGGGUGACGUCUUUAUCUGGGACGUUGGCAAACACAAAAUCCUUCAAGAUAUUAUAUCACAUAAGGACAAAAAAGUGUUUUGUGUGGCAUGGAAUCACAAGGACUCCAGGAGAAUAGCCUCGGCAGGUGAAUCUGGAUACUGUUAUGUGCACCAAGUGAGUGGUACUCUGGUGCACGACUAUCGACACCCUGGACCGGUGUACGGGUGCGACUGGCGUGACGCAGAUAUCUUGGCUACAGGCUGUGAGGAUGGGAAAAUUAGAAUCUUUAAUGUUAGCAAGAACAGAAAGGAACCUGUUAGUGAACUGAAAGCUCACUUGAAGAAGGUAUUUCGGGUAAAGUGGAACCCAGUGUAUGAAGACAUCCUGUGCAGUGGUAGCGACGAUUCGUCAGUGAGGAUAUGGUCGUACUCAAAGGCUCAGUGUCUGACCAUCCUCGUAGGGCACUCAGAUAACGUCCGUGGCCUGGCAUGGUGCCCAGAGGUGCCCUACUUACUCAUUUCGGGGUCGUGGGACAGGACGAUGAGGGUGUGGGAUGCUCGGUAUGCCAAUUGCCUUGAUGUUGUCUUGGACCACGGUGCUGAUGUUUAUGGCCUGAGCAUCCACCCCAUUCGUCCGUUUUUGCUAGCAUCAUGCUCAAGGGAUUCAACAAUGCGCCUGUGGUCUUUGGCAUCCUUUGUGGCUCCCCUGCAGCUGAAGGUGCUUGCAGAGAAGUCUACAGAAGAAAUCAUCGAUGAGACAGAUCAAGGCAAAAGCUUCUCAACGAGUCUUCACCUUUGUGGGCUGAGGGCAGAGCACCUCAGGACGGCCCUGCAGAAGACAGAUGUCGCACAUCGCUCGAGCAAGAGGCUGAAGUUGUUUGCUGAUCUGUUUUGUGGUGAUGUACGCGUAAGGAACCUGUGGGAUCUGGUGUAUGUGCUAAAAGGCCACACAGAUAUCUCCAUGCUGUCGCCAAACUAUACCUCAUCAAUCAUGCAUCACUCGCAUCUUGUCAAGUGUUCAAUGUCCAUUAACCUUAAACCCUAA